CAGAGCUCCAAGGAGCAACACGAGCAAUCCUACGAGUCGCUCCCCCAAUCCUUUGGAUCGAACAGUCGUUGUACACCAGCGAGAUGCGGCGUACACGGUACGUUGCAUUGCCAGUGAGGGCUUGGCAUUACGUCGGCCUUCUGGUGGUCUCCCUCGCCUGCCUCACGUUAGGCCUGGUCUCCAGGGACAAGGAAGGCCGUGCAGGAAGUUUGGCGGGACCUGAAUUAAAGCACCAAGCACCUCACGAAGUGGAUGCGUGCCCUAACUUGACUCCUUUCACCAAGAUGCCUUCUUGCUCGAGCUUCGAGCAGGACCAAACCAGGAUUUCGACGACGACCACAGCAACUUCUAUCACACCGGCUGACGUCAGACUGUCUCGAUCUCGUAGCUUGGAUCGCAUCUCCAGAACUCGGUCUCGUGAAGAUGUUAGGAGGGUGGAGAGAUCGGAUAGACGGGGGACGAGCAUCGAGAACAAUCGUAGGGUGGAAUCGAGACUUAGAAGCGAAAGCCAAGACCGCUUGAGGCCUGCGUCCGAUCCUUCGACUCGACUUUCUCGAUCGCGAAACUCGAGGGUUGCGUUGCAGGAUCUUGAAAGAAGGACGUUGCUCGAGAGGUCUGCCGAUAGGCGACGCGAAAUAAACGGACGAGUAAAUGAUUCACGAGAACGUAUCGCACGAUCUUUGGAACGGCUAGCAUCUACGGAUUUCCGUCGAGAAAGGAACGAUCGAUCGUUGAGGGAUAGGCGAAAUGACCGUAUGCAGUUGGCGACCAGACGCGAUUCUGGAUUGGAGCAAAAUCGUAGGUCUCUUACAGGACAACGAGAAGUAGCUGGUGAUCGAGAAAGAGUUAGUCGAUUGGAUCGUCGUAUGGACGCAAGGACGAACGAACGACGGGACUCUUCGAUUAGAUCGUUGAAACGGUUUGGAGAUGAAAUGGAACGACGAGAGAGAAACAACAGAUUGAAUUUGGCUCGUGAACGACGCGAAUCUCGACUCGACAUCAGGGCAUCUGAACGAGUUACUCGGGAUUCGUCUCGCGAUCGUAGCUCAGAACGACGAAUGCUCGUAGAAUCUAAAAGAAAUUUGGAAAGGAGAUCCACUUCUGUCGAAUCCAGGAAUCGAAUUGAAGAAAUCAAAGCUGAUCGGAGACUUAUGGAACAGAGAGCUAAUCGUCGACUUGUGGAACAGAGAGUAGAUCGCCGACUCAUGGAACGAAGAGCUGAUCGUCGACUUAUGGAACGAAAAACUGAUCGUGUUAUGGAACAAAAUGUUGAUCGUAGACUUUCGGAAGAAAGGACUGAUCGUAGAAGGAUGGAUCGUCAAGUUAUGGAACGAAGAACUGAUCGUCGCCUCAUGGACCAAAAAGCUGAUCGAUCUAUAGAACGAAAAGCUAACCAACGUCUCGUAGAACAAAGAACUGAUCGUCGUCUCAUGGACCAAAGAGUUGAUCAUCGAUCUAUGGAACGAAAAGCUAACCAACGUCUUAUGGAACAGAGAAUUGAUCGCAGUCUUAUGGAAUCAAAAACUAACCAACGUCUCGUAGAACAAAGAACUGAUCGCCGACUUAUGGACCAAAGAACUGAUCGAUCUAUAGAACGAAAAGCUAACCAACGUCUCAUGGAACAGAGAACUGAUCGUCGAUUGAUGGACCAAAGAGCUGAUCGAUCUAUAGAACGAAAAGCUAACCAACGUCUCAUGGAACAGAGAAUUGAUCGUCGACUAAUGGAACAGAGAACUGAUCGAUCUAUGGAACGAAAAGCUAACCAACGUCUUAUGGAACAGAGAACUGAUCGCAGACUUAUGGACCAAAGAGCUGAUCGAUCUAUAGAACGAAAAGCUAACCAACGUCUCAUGGAACAGAGAACUGAUCGUCGAUUGAUGGACCAAAGAGCUGAUCGAUCUAUGGAACGAAAAGCUAACCAACGUCUCAUGGAACAGAGAACUGAUCGCCGACUUAUGGACCAAAGAACUGAUCGAUCUAUGGAACGAAAAGCUAACCAACGUCUCAUGGAACAGAGAACUGAUCGCAGACUUAUGGACCAAAGAGCUGAUCGAUCUAUAGAACGAAAAGCUAACCAACGUCUCAUGGAACAGAGAACUGAUCGUCGAUUGAUGGACCAAAGAGCUGAUCGAUCUAUGGAACGAAAAGCUAACCAACGUCUCAUGGAACAGAGAAUUGAUCGUCGACUAAUAGAACAGAGAACUGAUCGAUCUAUGGAACGAAAAGCUAACCAACGUCUCAUAGAACAGAGAACUGAUGGUCGAUUGAUGGACCAAAGUGCUGAUCGAUCUAUGGAACGAAAAGCUAACCAACGUCUCAUGGAACAGAGAAUUGAUCGUGGACUAAUGGAACAGAGAAGUGAUCGCCGACUGAUGGAACAAAGAGCUGAUCGUCGACUCAUGGAACGUCGUCUCGCAGAGCUAAGGACCGAUCGACGCGUUUUGAACUCAAAACGAUCUAUGAGACAAAGGCUUGACAUUGACGGACAGCGACGAAUUAGCACUACGCCUACUCUUCUCGCAAGUGACAUUCGAUCCAAUGAAAAGGAACAAAGAGAAAGAGUUCGAGCAGUUUUAAUAUUCUCUCGAGAUAGAUCCCUAAACGAUAUUAAACGAUCUCGUUCCGUAGACAGAGAACACGUUCGCUCCACAGACAGAGAUUCUCGAAGACAAUCAAACUCCCGAGAUUUAUCGGAAGAUUCAAUAUUUAUCCGAAGGCAUAUCCGAUCGUCAAGGCUUCCGAUUCAAGAACGCAAUUCCAGAAUUCCUGUUAAUACACGUUCAUUAGCAAUGCGAGAUAAAGUUUUAACCCAUAACAAUGAAUACGUACCUAGAAUGGGCGGCACGGAAUUCCUGAAACAAGAGAGUCACGUUUCGUUCGACAUUAUCCGCCAGGCAUUUGUAAUUGGUCUUUGUACAAUGUAUGGAUUAUCCAUUUUUUAUGGCAAACGUUCUUUCAUUCGCAACUUCGUGAGGCAGGCACCACAAUUCAUUCUAUGGUAGAAUCUGAUCCAAGAAGGAAUAACAAUUUGCUACUCUCAAGAUUUGCUUUUAAUCACUGUUUUUAGUAUAAUAUUUUUUGGCAUUGCUAUGUAUUUAACAAGAAACUGUAUAUUAAUGUACAGCUGAUAAAUGUAUCCUGCAUAGAGAUAGAAAUGUGUCGCAUGUAUUUAAAAAUAUAUAUUUUGUCCGAAUAAAUUGUUCAAAUUAAACGUAAUGUAAAUGUAUUCAAUAUUUUCCUGAAAUCAUUUUUCCAUUGCACAUCUAUUCCAUCACACAUCAUAGAAAAAAGACAAUAGCACAAAUGCACAUAAUAUAAUAUUAUAUAAUAGCAAAUAUUAAGCUGAAUGGUCAAAGAGAAGAGAAAUAAUUUAUUAUUAAAGUCAUAAUCUCACGGUUUGUACAUCAUGGCUGUUUGGCUUAAAAGUAAUUAUAAAAAAAUGCAACGACAUGUAUCCAGUCUUGAAAAAGUGACUAUACUCUGUGUGAUUACAAUGAUUUGAUAAAAACAUGAUUUGAUAUAACUUGAAAGCAAAGAAUUAUUUUCUAGGAUCAUCGCGUAACAAAGUGUAACAAAGUUUUUUUUAAUAUUAUUACAUCUAGGACACGUCGAAUUUGUGCGAUAUGCGUGUGCUUCGUUCGUCGUGAGAGUAUAGAGUCAAACUAUUGCUAAAACGUUUAAUGAUGGUUCCUAAAAUGUAUAUAAAUAUAUGUGUAUAAUAUAACUGGACGACUUGAUUAUAGAUGGAUUCGUUGAUCGCGAAAAAUGAGUGAAUAUAAAUAGAAAAUAAAUACAAUUAUAUAACUGAGUCGUUCGUGUUUAGCAUAUCUUGAAAAAGCCUCAUGUAAAAAAUUAACUCCUAUGCAACUUUGGAAAAUAUCUUAUUUUCUCAAGAUGCUUCCUAUACGUUCAUAUGGUCUGUCUAUCCAUUCGUCAAAUUGACAAUAAAUACAAGGCUAAAGAUAGUUCCGAUUUGGAAGCAGUCAAGUUUUCGACAAUUUUUAAACCUACGUUAUUAGAUAAAUAAAAAGUUUGCUUUUAGUAAAUAUAGAUCAAAAUAUUUCUAUGUUUUCAUUUGAUAUUACGAUUAUUAGUUUUAUUACUCCAACUAUGGACGUUGUCCAUGCAUAUUGCACGCACAAUGGCAAGAAGGAAUGUCGACGAGAAGUUACGAUAAAACAGUAACUUUGUUAUUUGUUCGUCUUUUCUUUUGCGUAACUUUGGCAGUGAUCCCAGUCAAUCAUUAUGUUACGAACUUUCCCAGGAUCGAUAUGAUUUCACUGAAUUUCCAUAUCCUAUGGUAAGAAUAAUUAAACAUAUUGCAAACGCGACCAUGAACAAUUAAUCGUGUUGCCUUCGUGGAAAGAUCGAUAAAAAAAAAAUAUCGAUCAAACCUUUUUGGCUGUGCAUCCACUUACAUAUUUAUAAAGUGCCUAACAACAUGAUAACUUCUAACAAAAACCUAAGAUACGUUUCAGUACACUUGAACAUACGAAUUAUCACAAUGCCCGAUAACGAAUCGAGAAAUUACAAUUCUAUCGAUUUCUCGAUAUUUCAUGAGCACCACCU